CACGGAGCGGAGCUCGGGGGCCUCUGGCUGGAGCUUCAGUGCUUCCAGCUUCCCCUGGCCCCUCCUGUACCCUCCUGGGGCAGCGAGCCUGCCCGCACCCUGCUCCCUUGGGAAACGGGUGGCGUUAGUGGAGAGUGCUUCAGCGGAGCCUCCAGCACCUCCCUUCCCAGAAACAGCAGUAAGGGGAAUGGCAGGCAGGGCGUGGUGGCAGGAGGAGUCCCCCAGGUGCCUUCACUCCUUUCUACCCACCAGCCUGUGCACGUCCCUCGGAGAGGACUGGGCAGACCUGGAGGCCCUGCUCUUGCGUUUGCAUAGAGGACGUGCUGGGUUAGCCAGUGUAAAAAUCGUAAUUAUUAUUAAAUUUAAACAUGAUGAUAAUACAAGAAGAACACGAAGGCGGGAAGGUGCUGGGCUCUGACCAGCCCCCUCCCACGCUAACCCACCCCACCUCCUGCCCCGGCUGCCCAGGACGUGGCCGACUUCGAGUGGGUGAUGUGGUUCACGUCCUUCCGCAACGUCAUCAUCUUCGCCCUCUCCGGACACGUGCUGUUUGCUAAACUCUGCACGAUGGUUGCCCCCCAGCUCCGCUCCUGGAUGUACGCCGUGUACGGGGCCCUGGCCGUGAUGGGCACAAUGGGGCCUUGGUACCUGCUGCUGCUGCUUGGUCACUGCGUGGGCCUCUAUGUGGCCUCGCUCUUGGGCCAGCCCUGGCUCUGUCUUGGCCUUGGCCUGGCCAGCCUGGCCUCCUUCAAGAUGGACCCUCUCAUCUCUUGGCAGAGCGGGUUUGUAACAGGCACUUUUGAUCUUCAAGAGGUGCUGUUUCACGGGGGCAGCGGCUUCACCGUGCUGCGCUGCACCAGCUUUGCGCUGGAGAGCUGUGCCCACCCCGACCGCCACUACUCCCUGGCUGACCUGCUCAAGUACAACUUCUACCUGCCGUUCUUCUUCUUCGGGCCCAUCAUGACCUUUGAUCGCUUCCACGCCCAGGUAAGCCAGGUGGAGCCGGUCAGACGCCAGGGUGAGCUGUGGCACAUCCGGGCGCAGGCAGGCCUCAGCGUGGCAGCCAUCAUGGCCGUGGACAUCUUUUUUCACUUCUUCUACAUCCUCACCAUCCCCAGUGACCUCAAGUUCGCCAACCGCCUCCCAGACAGUGCGCUUGCUGGCCUCGCCUACUCGAACCUGGUGUAUGACUGGGUGAAGGCGGCCAUCCUCUUCGGCGUCGUCAACACCGUGGCGUGCCUCGACCACCUGGACCCGCCCCAGCCUCCCAAGUGCAUCACCGCCCUCUACGUCUUCGCAGAAACGCACUUUGACCGUGGCAUCAACGACUGGCUUUGCAAGUACGUGUAUGACCACGUUGGUGGGGAGCAUUCCGCCGUGAUCCCGGAGCUGGCGGCCACAGUGGCCACGUUCGCCAUCACCACUCUUUGGCUUGGGCCUUGUGACAUCGUCUACCUGUGGUCAUUCCUUAACUGCUUUGGUCUCAACUUCGAGCUCUGGGUGCAAAAACUGGCGGAGUGGGGUCCCCUAGCACGAAUUGAGGCCUCUCUGUCAGUGCAGAUGUCCCGCAGGGUCCGGGCCCUCUUUGGAGCCUUGAACUUCUGGGCCAUCAUCAUGUACAACCUUGUGAGCCUGAACAGCCUCGAGUUCACAGAGCUGGUUGCCCGGCGCCUGCUACUCACAGGGUUCCCCCAGACCACGCUGGCCGUCCUGUUCGUCACCUACUGUGGUGUUCAGCUGGUGAAGGAGCGUGAGCGAAGCCUGGCGCUGGAGGAGGAGCAGAGGCAGGACAAAGAGAAGCUGGAGUAGGGGGAGGGCAGAAUGACGGGCCCUGCUCAGCUCUCCCUGGCCAGAUGAGGCCUGACCACACAAUAAAUGACUUUUCUACCACA